AUGAGCAAUUCUUCCAUUAUUGAAUAUUCCAAACCAUUUCGAAUAAGAAAAUCAUCACGUCAGAAACACUCUCAUGAUCACGAUCAUGAUAAUGAUAAUGGACUUGAGACAUCCCAAUCAAAUUUAAAAUCACUCAUAGAUAAUGAGAACGAUAGUAAUAUUGAAGACUUAGAAAAGAAUACCAACAUCAUUACAAAUCAUUCACGAUGGAAAUUGUUUCUAAGAUGGUUAAUUACCAUCGAUGGAGAUGAAGAAAUUAACAAUAGUAGAGAUUAUAUAUCACUACCAAAUACAACAAAUUAUAUGUUUUUCCUUGGAGGUCGAUUCAGACAAGUUAAAAAAGAUACCAAAUAUUUAUCCAUAAUUGUCUUAAUCAUACUUAUAAUACCUAUAGUUUUAUUUUCAAUUUUUGAAACAAAUAAAUUAUGGCAUACCAAUAAAGGUUACAAAGUUUUGGUUAUUUUUUUCUAUUAUACAUGGGGGACAUGUUUCACAUCAUUUAUUAAGACAGCAACAAGUGACCCUGGGGUAUUACCACGAAAUAUUCAUUUAAGUCAAAUAUCAAAUAAUUUCAAGAUUCCACAAGAAUACUAUAAUGAAGUAACAUUACCCACUGGUAACCCUGAAUCAACCAUAAAUAUAAAAUAUUGUACUACAUGUCGAAUAUGGAGACCACCAAGAUCAUCACAUUGUUCCAUUUGUGAAGCUUGUAUCAUUACUCAUGACCAUCAUUGUAUUUGGGUUAAUAAUUGUAUUGGUCAAAGAAAUUAUAGAUUUUUCCUAACUUUCCUCUUAAGUGGUACUUUCACAUCAAUUUUCCUAAUAAUUAAUGCAUCUAUUGAUAUUGCAAGAACUCCCAAAGUUAGAGAUACACCAGUGGCGGUAUUAUUAAUAAUAUAUGGUGGAUUAACCAUAUGGUACCCAUUAAUAUUAUUUUGUUAUCAUAUUUUCAUGACGGGAACGCAACAAACGACAAGAGAAUAUUUAAAAUCUAUUGGUUCUAAAAAUCCAGUUUUCCAUAGAAUUAAAAGACAAGAAAAUAAUCCAUUUGAACAAGGUUCAUUUUUGAAAAAUUUGAUAUAUUUAAUGUGUCAACCAAGAGGUCUGUCCAUGGUGAGUGCGAGAGAAAGACAAAAGCAAGGUGAUUGGAGGUUCACACGUAUACCGUGA